GGCGAGUUGUGAGACGAUUGAACCUUUGACAAUUUUUGAAUAGCCUGGAUGUCUAGGGCAAAAAUAUGAAGCUGCCUGCGAGUGCAAAAAAUAAAGACACUCGUCUCAAAUUUGUGCUCAUGAGACGUCCUUAAGGCCUCUUCAGUGAAGUGCUCCAACUAUUCCCGACUCACUCGCAUCAUAAAGAUAUGACAUUUUGGUCAGUCUGGUGCGUUAGCCACUCCUCUCAUUUGUUGCAACCGACACUAUUUUUUCUUUUUGAGUGUGUAGUAGACCUAGACUUUUAUUUUUGUGUUGUCUUUAUUAGGAUGAUGCUCAGCUCCAACUCCUAGUCACUCUGUUCUUUGUUUUGAGUUGCAGUUUACAGCGUUACCUCAAGUGGUGCGUACUUCUGUUAUUGCCAUAGCUGUCAUGCAGAGAUAGAUCUAGUAGAUAGAUCACUUCAUCUUCAUCUUUAUUUUUUUUUGGUUCAACUAACUUGAGUUUCUGUUUUAUUCUAUCGCUACUUUUCGUGUGCAGCAGCAUUUUUUUAUCAAAAAUUUUUUCAGUAUAGUCUGGCAGACUUGCUCUACCUUGCUCUACUCGUAUUCGUUGUAUCUACUAUUUGUUUCAUCUUGUAUCGCGAAAACAUCUUCAAUUAUCUUCAUCGAUGUUAUAGUUUUGAUAGGAGGUGAAGGUGAGUUCAAGAACUUUGUUGUAUCUUUCUUAUCUUUAUGAGUUCGAUAGAAAUGGAAAUCUGCAUAAAAAUCGUGAAUAUUGUUGAUUCUUUCACCGGGUGUACCGCCUUGUUGGUCGUGCCCGCUUGAAGAUACUAGGUUGAUAUCCACAAUUCAAGGAAUCCUACGCAAGCCACGCGCACCUCCCUUUCUGAGGGAAAGAGAAUCUCAAUGAAUCUUGUUCUUCUAAGUACUUUACUAUUACUUAGAUAGAAGUUCUUGCACUACUUACAACUACUACAACAAGUACUACUAGAUUUGGUCUGGAAUCGGCGCAACUACUGCAACUGGUGAAAAAUCAAAGGAAUAAGGAUGUCGGAAGUCGGCGUCGAGCGGUCCACUAGUUGGGACGUCGCAGAGAGUAGGGAGAUGAAUAAGGGAGGUCCUCGUAGUGCACCUGGUGGAGUCGAACUUACAUUACGGUAGUUUACCGUAAAAAUCAAUCCAUGAUCUCGGGAAGCAUCUUGCAGCUUAUGCUUCAUCAAUACAAGCGGGCUGUGACACGGCCCAAAAGCCCGCCUAAUCGGGCCGCCGACGCACUACAAAAAAAAGAUAAGCGGGGUAAAAACGGCUCCAAGAUGAGUCACGAGAUCAUGGACGAUUAGCUUGAGCUCUAACUACAGUGCCUCCGCCUCCAGGUCCGCCAGCUCCUGUGCCCGCUGAGGAGAUGAGAAGACUCAAAACUGCGGUUGACGAAUCAGCUGCAAGUGCAGAGCUGGCGGAAGCGCGCAACGCAGCUGCGAGCAAAAAAGAAGCGUCGAAGAAUAAAGUCAUCCCGGAACAGAGUCUUAAGGCAAGAACUGCUGGAGCAUCCUCAGCACCAUGAUCCCUGGCCCCUUUUUCAAAAGGGAGACCUUUUUCAAAAGGGAGAUGAAAAGGGCACAGCAGGGAUCAUGGGCUCAGGGAUGGGCUCAGGGUAUUCGAAAACUCAAAAUAUCCGAGUUACUGACUGAAAUAAGGGAGGCACUAGCUUAUAGCGCCAAGGCUACUCUUCCUUCUCAUCAGUGUCUCCCUUAUAUUCAAUAGUUACUCGCUUAUUUCAGUUUUUCGAAUAGCUCUAAGAGCCGAUGUCUCUGCUCGCUGGGGACUGGCGAGAUAGUGCACAUAUUGGCGUUUUCGGCUCAAAGCGAGGAUGAAAUCGAUCCUUUUGAGCGCAUUGUGCAAGACGCGGCGCGGGAAUUCUACGCUUUGGAGGCAGGGAUCACGGACGUGCGGAUAUGUCAUCCAAUGCGAGGACGCAUCGUUUUUAGGUUGAUAAAUAUAAUAAUCAUCUCAAGAAGACACACACAAACAGCGAUGCGGCCAGCAGUAUACUUGACAUUUGAUUAUACAACUUGCAGCUCCUUUCGUUUUUAGUCUUCAGAUCAUGUUCAUCCUCGAGAGGUUGUGAACGGAAACAUGAAACGUGCUUUACGUCGUUUGGCACUUGUACGACUAAUUCCUAUAACUCACUACGUCGUGCGAUUUAAUCCUUAUCUUCAUUCUCUAAUUCUUUCGUGGUGACAUUUCUGGACUAUCGGAAUCUCCACGCUUUCCGGCAAGGUCCAGAACAGCGUUUGAGGAAAGCCUUGCGGCCACAUGCGCAUGACAACGAGAUCUUCAACAUUAAGACCAACCAAAAGCAUGUUAUUAGAUCAAAAAUAUGAAUUCAUAGUACCUACGUAGGUAAAUGUUGACAGUACCUACUUAUAGGUAAAUGUUGAUAGUACCUACUUAGUUAAAUGUUGAUCUCCCCACUCCCCACAGUGGAAACCAAUCUCUCUCAGCUUCCUCGUUCAUAUCAAGCUGUCCGCCUGUCGAGGGAGCGAGUACCAUAGGCACGACAGAAGUUCCUAGCAGCGGUGAUGGGCCGGGGCUUAGCUCUGCCUUCUCGGGGACAACAAGUUCUUCUUCAACUCCUGCUAAUGAGGAACUACGAGGUGGAGGUCAUCAAAUAGAAGCGAGGAAAGAUAACAGGAACAAGAAGAUAGACGAGUUUAGUCCAUCAACACGAGCAGCUCAGACUCAAACACCUGCUUCAGGCGGAGCAACUUCUACGUCCAGCACUAGUCUGACGAAGCAGCUUAUUCACCCAAUAGAACGAGAGGCGUAUCUGGUCUCAAUAGGAACAUCAACUGCAGAAACAGGCGAAGAACAAGCAUGUUGUCCUCAAAGUCCUGUAGGAGCAGCUACUUGUACUUCACCACCAGGUAGAAGAGAAGAUGGAACCAUGACAGCUACUUCACCCAUAAGAACGAGACAUGGAAUGAUGACCCCACCCAUAACGCACAUCCCCUCAGCUCGCUAUUCCCAUGACGACUUGGGGAACCUCACCACGACCCUGUCUUCAAUGUUGAGUAUUAAGGAAGGCUUACUGGUGCAACAGGAACAAGCGGACACAAAAGCCAAAAGUGUAGAAAAAUCCCCAAAUAAAGGUUCCCCAAACAAUUUCACUCCCGCAGUUUUGAACGUUGAGGUGGACCAACACGCGCCCCGCAUACUCGACUCCUUACCUCUCCCCAACUUCGGGUACCCUGGUUCAACACCUGUUGAAAAUGAUCAAGCAGGUGGCGCUACAACUUCAAGUGCUGCCUCUGCAUCUGCAGCUACAAAAUCAUCUCGAAACAACCUAGUAGUUGUACCUUCGUUGGAGACAGCUGUGAAAACUGCUAACAAGAAAGGUGUUGCCUUAAUCUCACCUUCCCUAGAUAAUUACGGUCAGCUCUUUCAUAACAUCUUGGUACCCUUUUCCCUUGUAUUCUCAUGAAAUACAAGGUGCAAGGGGUCAAGAUGAGGGGGCCGAGAUGCAAUCUAGCAGACUCUAACUAAACCUCUUGACGUCAAAACAACAAGCUUCACAGACCGUAGCAUCUGCCGCUACGAUAUUUUCGAGUCUUCUAGGAGGCCGCUUCGUGACGAAUGCGUACAGCUUUGAAGCAACUGGGUCGCUCAUGCCUGCAGCUCACACACUGAAAUCUCUGCUGAAGAAGCUCGUCAAAAUGAUCAAGGGUCGGGAUCACAGAAGUCAUCCUGUGAGGGAUGUGGCGGAAGUACUACUUACUACUACGAGCUGAAGAUUUGUUUGUUCCUUUCGAAUGAUCUGAUGCAGCUAAAAACAGUAACAACUGCAGGCAAAAGCCAUGGUCAUCAUGUUUUUAGUAAAAGUUGAUGUUGUACAACGACGACCAUCAUCCAAACCCCAUCUUUAAUACGACCACCAACACUUCUUCACAGGAAUGUAAGCUGUGGUUUCCGAGGGAUUCUGAGGUCGCCAAGUUCGUUAGCUGGAACGCAGAGAACCCGAGUAAGUAUACCCGGAACCUCAUCUACAAGAAUGAAGCCUUCGAGUGCCUACUCAUGUGCUGGCCAGCACAUUUAUGAUGCACGACGGUUCUGUUUUAUCUAGAGUGAUUGAGUUGUACGAUAACUAGAGUGAAGAUUUGAGUUGUGAGACAUUAUAGUACUAGAACAAACAAUGUUCUACAACUUGACAAAUCAGAAAAUACGUAGGUGGGUAACGAGGUGUAGAAGUACGACUGGCUUCCUCCUGUACUACAUCGUCGUUCUUUUAUCAAUAUUAAGCAUCGUCUUGUUCUUCUAAUUGCUAGCGUUAGCUCCAUCCAUUGCCAUGACGAGAGCAGCUGUUGGGUCGUUGCGGUUGGUGGAGAAGUAGUGGAGGUGCAAUAUGCCCAACCUAAGUUGGACCGGAAAUUCCUCGAGGCCGAGGCGCGCAACCCUCGCCAAGCUCUAGGAAGGUGCGCACCUUUGCGCAAACUGAGUGAGACCACUCUCGGAUUCGAUGCUGUGAGGGUAGUACCUGAACGACUUGUCUCAGUGUAUUGUUGUUCUAAUAACUCUUCGUCGUGGGUAGCUGUCUAGUUGUACUUGCAUCAUGAAGAUCUUCCUUGUCUGAUAUUAAGCCUAGUAGUACUUGCAUCAGUAGAUCUUCCUUGUCUAGUACUUGCAUCAUGAUUCCUAGGUCACCUUAUUCUCCUACCCAUCCUUUAUAAAGAAGAACCUCCAACAAGAACAACACCAUGUUCGACCACCAUCUUCUACUCCUUUAUGAAGAACCAAGAAGACGUCCUUUAUGAAGAAGAACCAAGAACAACACCAUGUUGACCACCUCCAAAUGAAAAUUUUUUUCAUCGUCGAACGAUCCAAAAAGGUCGGCUACGCCAAUCAAGAAAUAGCUUUGCAUCGCAUUGAGAAUCGUACGGACGAGCCAGCUUACACGAUGCACAUCUACGCACCGGGAUUGGAGAAAAUCCGUAUUUUUCAAGAGUGCGGAACGGUUUCUGUUGCAGUGAUGCCCGUUUGUUCAACAUCUGAAACAGAGGACAGGGAAGACGACCACGAAGACGAAGACAAUGCUCUGCCUUUCGUUGCGGCUCUUUGGAACGAAAAAGAAAGCGUUGCAGCAUAGGAAAAAAAAGAAACCUUUGAAACGGCAGUUGAGAAGCCAUGUCGGUGGCGUGGUUCUUGGAACGAAAACGAAGGCUUCGUCGCAGCAUAGGAAAAGCAAGCUUCGCAGCAUAGAAACGAUCAUGCGGCUCUUGAAACCAGCUACAUUGACGUUAUUUUGUUUAUUGUUAUUCAACAUUACUCAACAUAAGAACUCAGAAACUAGUGAUGUUUCUAAGGGUAAUGAAAAAUUAAAAUCUCCUAGCACUAGCACUACAAUAUGAACAGCGGCGGUGCUCUAGUAGUACUUACUUACUCGGUUCUUGUCGUGCUACGAGCACCAGUCCUGAAAAAAGCUAGUUCAUCUCCAUGCAUAGAACCAGAUUUUCGUGUAAUAAAAUAAAGGCAUUCCCGAUAUAUAGAACAUCUUCUUCAGUAUUGCAUUUUUGACCCUUUUUGUGCGUGUUUGAAUCAGCUCGUCAGCGUUCAUUCACCUCCUGAACAGUUGUUGAAAUGCCAAAACCACGUCAUUGAAACGCCAAAAACACCUCGCUAACUACUAGCUAUUAAGCGAUUAGAAAUACCAGAAAAUAUUGAUAGUGAUACUGAAGCUUAACUUCACAAACUUACGGAAUCUUAAGAAACUGAAAUUUCAUCAACAUGAUGACUAUGCUGGGAAAACCGACAGAUGAAGUAACACAAUCGCUGUGUAAAUGGUCCAAUUGCAACAACUAUUUUUCCCAUAGCAUAGCGGCCACAAAUAAAUUUCAAGUACAGCAUAAUAUCACCAACUACCACUAACAUCAACAUGAUAAUGUAAACAUGAUAACGUUAUUAACGUGUUGUACAGAGAUGCUAAUGAAAACUGUUUCCUGUCAAAUAUGAUUGGUCACCUUCAUGCUACUUUUCAACCAUUUCCUUCCCCUUGCUCUCUCUAAUAUUUAUUGCGGCAUACAUCUUCCUCGUCUUCAAUCAUGCCAUUGUUCACUUGUCCUCCUAUUAGUAUCCACCACGAGGUGGUCGUACUGCCUCGUUCUUGCUGCUCCUGUAUACUUCCUGCUCAUUUAUUUAUUUUUGCAAGCCCGCCCCCACAAACUAGGUGGCAAAUAAUAUGCAUUGCCGACCGUGAUCCCUCGGCUGCGACUCACCACUCUCAUCCUACUCGACCUCGACACAGCUGGUGGCUGUGGUCGAGGAAUGAAUUUAAUGUAUACGAAGAUCAUGAGCCUCCACGUAAUUGAUUGUACUUGUAAAAACGCAUCAAGAGAAGAAAGAAUAAUUUGUUUGCGGUGGGGCAAUGUAAUCUUCUCACGCAA